AUUCAGACCACUUCUUGCGUUACAACCAUAACUUGUUCUCUCUCUUCAAUUCUCACUCUUUCAUAUCUACUCUCAUUCCUAAACCCAGCGUUUGCACUCAUUCAAUACGAGAGAAAGACAGUGAGAGAUCAGACAUGGCCAUGCAAGCUUUCUUAUUUAUCACUCAAUUUACAUAUCAAAACUAUGCAAUAGCCAUGACCAAAACCUUCACCUUCUCCCUUCUCAUGGCUUUCAUUAUUUCUCUCACCUUUUCUCAAUGCUACCGGAAAAGCAAGCUCUCCGUCCCCCGCCAUGCAGCUCUCCCGCCUGGCCCGACACCGUGGCCCUUCGUCGGCUGCCUCCCGGAAAUGUGGACGAAUAACACACUGCCACACCAAUGGAUUCAUGCAAUAAUGAAGCAGUACGACACUGAAAUAGCAUGCAUUCGUCUCGGGAAUACCUACGUCAUUCCAGUGACUUCUCCACAACUUGCUCUCGAAUUUCUAAAGACCCAUGAUUCUGUCUUUGCAUCACGACCAAUGCUCGACACUACCAAAAUCAUAACCCGUGGAUUCCUUACCACUGCUCUUUCGCCAUUGGGAGAGCAAUGGAAGAAGAUGCGCAAAAUACUUACUUCACAAAUACUUAAUCCCUCCACCCUCCACCAAAUGCUGGCUCAUAGAACACACGAAGCCGACACUCUUUUACGCUACAUUUUCAGUCUCACCAAGUCGAAAGGUGCGGCGGUCGUCAACUUGAGAAGCGUAACUCUACAUUAUUGUGGCAACGUUAUUAGAAGAGUGCUAUUCAACAGAAGAUACUACGGCGCUGGCCAAGAGGAUGGAGGGCCAACUUUUGAAGAAGAAGAGCACAUUCAAGCACUGCUAGCAUUGCUCAAGUAUAUCAAUGCCUUUUCUGUAUCGGAUUUCAUACCUUGUUUGAGGCCGUUUGAUGUGGACAAACAUCAAAAGAUUGUAAAAGAAGGUUUGAAAGUGGUGAGAAAGCAUGACGAACCGAUUGUGGAUGAGAGAGUGCAACAAUGGAAAUAUGGAAAGAGGAAAGAGAUCGAAGAUUUUCUUGAUAUCUUUAUCGCGCUUAAAUAUGAAAAUGGAAAAUCGUUGCUAUCGAUCGAAGAGAUUAAAGCUGAAAUCACGGAGCUACAAAUGGCAACGAUUGAUAAUCCUUCAAAUGCAGUAGAAUGGGCAAUGGCAGAAUUACUCAAUCAACCAAAAAUUCUCCAGAAAGCAAUUGAAGAACUAGAUAGGAUUGUUGAAAGGGAUAGACUUGUUCAAGAAUAUGAUAUCCCACAACUUAAGUAUCUUAUUGCUUGUGUUAGAUUUAUUGCUGUGUUAGAGAAAGAAUCCCACAACUUAAGUAUCUUAUUGCUUGUGUUAGAUUUAUUGCUUGUGUUAGAGAAUCUUUCCGACUCCAUCCAUUUACACCAUUCAAUGUUCCUCAUGUCUCAAAUUCCAAUGUCAUUGUAGCUGGAUACUUUAUCCCAAAAGGCAGCCAAGUCCUACUUAGUCGAAUCGGUCUCGGUCGAAACCUGAAGAUUUGGAAGGAUCCAAUACGAUUCGAUCCAGAACGCCAUCUCAAGGAUAAGACGAUGGGUGACAUGGGAUUAUCAUAACCAAAUCUACGAUUCAUUAGCUUCACUAAAGGGAGGAGAGGCUGCAUGGGUAGCACACUAGGCACAAACAUCACCAUGAUGCUAUUUGCUAGGUUGCUUCAAGGGUUUUCGUGGAACUUAAUGCCAGGAAUGAGCAAGGUCGAGUUCUCUCAAUGUGAUGAUUUCUCCCUCCCUAAACCAUUGCAUUUGUAUGCAGAGCCACGUCUAUCUCAUAAUAUGUAUCCAACUUAUUGAUGGGCGAAACCUAUAAACUAGCUUAAGACAUAUAGUUGAUCUUGUCACUUGAUUUAGUUGCGCAUGUAUGUGUUUCACCUUGUGGU